UGAUCAAGUACUUGUUGAAAGACCAGAGAGAGAGAGAGAGAUGGGAUUCUUUGUGGGUUAUGUGUUGGGUUUUGGGUUGGGAAUGGGUUUGAUAGUGGGUUUCGCUCGCUUCCAGAAUAUCAGAUCAAAACACCGCACUGAUUUGGCACAACUAAUUGCAGCCUUUGCGAGGAUGACAGUGCAAGACUUGAGGAAACUUUUUCCAGAUGAUCAAUCUUACCCUGCUUGGGUUGUCUUUUCAGACAAACACAAGUUAACUUGGCUGAAUCAUCACCUUGACAAAAUAUGGCCUUAUGUUGACCAGGCAGCAUCGGAGAUAAUACGAAACGCGGUGGAGCCAAUUCUUGAGCAAUACAGAUCUUCAAUUAUGUCAUCUCUCAAGUUUUCUAAGUUGACACUUGGUACUGUGGCACCACAGUUCACAGGAGUUUCCAUCAUUGAAGGUGAAUCCAAUGAGAUUAUUAUGGAAUUGGAGUUGCAGUGGGACGGCAAUCCUAACAUUGUACUUGAUAUCAAAACCAGAGUUGGUGUGGCUCUACCUAUACAGGUCAAAAAUAUUGGAUUUACCGGUGUUUUCAGGUUAAUAUUCAAACCAUUAGUCGACGAGUUUCCUUGUUUUGGAGCUAUUUGUUAUUCCUUGAGACAAAAAGAAAGUCUCGACUUUACCCUCAAAGUGGUUGGUGGUGAUGUAUCCUCACUCCCAGGAAUAUGUGACGCUCUCGAGGAAACAAUAAGAAAUGCUGUUGAAGAUUUCACGUGGCCAGUCCGUCAAAUCAUCCCCAUAUUAGCUGGAGAUUACAGUUACCUGGAGUUAAAACCAGUUGGAACAUUGGAGGUGAAGCUCAUAGAAGCUAAGGAAUUAACAAACAAAGACAUUAUUGGCAAAUCUGAUCCCUUUGUCGAGUUAUUCAUCCGUCCUCUUCGUGACAGGAUUCAAACCAGCAAAACAAUCAACAACCAAACAAAUCCAAUAUGGAACGAGCACUUUGAGUUUGUUGUGGAGGAUUUUUCCACUCAACAUUUGACAAUAAGAGUUUAUGACAACGAAGGAAUUCAAACUUCUGAAUUUAUCGGUUGUGCUCAAUUGCCACUAGCUGAACUCGAGCCUGGUAAGGUCAAAGAUGUGUGGUUGAAGCUGGUCAAGGACCUCGAUAUUCAAAGAGACCAGAAAAACCGCGGCAAGGUGCAUUUGGAAAUCCUGUACUAUCCACUCAAUGGCGAGAGUGAAUUAUAUAAUCCCUUCGACCCAGACUUCAGAUUAACGCUCGUGGAGAAAGCUUUUAAACACGCAAAUGAUACUGAUCCAUUGAAAUCGGCUUCACCGAUGAAAAGGGAUGUUAUUAUCAGAGGAGUUCUCUCUGUGACAGUUAUCUCUGCAGAGAAUUUGCCAGCUACGGAUCUCUUUGGAAAGUCGGAUCCUUUUGUGGAGCUAACAAUGAAAAAAUCUGAUCAGAAGAACAAGACAAGGGUUGUAAGUGAUACCUUAAAUCCAGAAUGGAAUCAAACGUUUGAAUUUGUUGUUGAGGAUGGGUUACAUGAGCUACUGAUCUUGGAAGUUUACGACCACGACACAUUCGGCAAGGAGAAAAUGGGAAGAUGCAUCAUGACACUGACAAGGGCUAUACUUGAGCAAGAAUUUAGAGACACCUUCCCAAUUGAUGGAACCGAGUCGGGUCGGUUGAAUUUGCGUCUCAAGUGGACCCCACAAACAAUUAUUCGAGACUGAUUACUUCGAUUUCUAGCCAAGAAGAGGGGACAAGAAAACUGGAUUAACUGUGUGAAUAUAUAUACAUGUCACUGGAUAUAUAUAUAGCUGUAGAUUAACAAUUUAUUUUGGUUUGACUGUUGAGGGUAUGUUUAAUUUAUUGCUUGUUGUGACAUUUGUAUCACAAAUAUUAUUGAAUUUCUGUGAAGAGAUUACAGUACACGGUUGUCACGUGGUUGAAUUGACAAAUAUUCCGACAGAAA